CUUUUGCACAAUCACGCCCACAUUUGGGGUUGGAAAGCCCUAAUUACCGCCGUCGCUGAUGGACGUUGGAAAGGGAGCGCCUCGCCGUGGAACAGUCGCCUGCGCGCCUUCUCUGGACCCGCGGCUCCCCAAUUGCGCCCUGGCUGGGCCUUGCUCUUGCUGCCUGUCUGCGCGCUUCGGAGCCCCCUCGGUUCCUGGGCGCAUCCCAGCGCUGUCCCAACUCGGGAGCCCAGGCCGGGGCGCCAGUGCCCGCUUCGGCUCUGGUUCACUGCGCCCUCCCGACGCGCCCCGGAGGACUUCGCAGCCCUGCUCCCGAUCGUCCCCCCAGGCUUAACCGGGCCGCUCCGCUCGGAUUCCUCGGCUGCCCUCGCAGGGGUGGCGACUUCCUCCCCCUGCCCCCUCCCCCUCGCCAUGAAGAAGUCGAUUGGAAUAUUAAGCCCAGGAGUUGCUUUGGGGACGGCUGGAAGUGCAAUGUCUUCCAAGUUCUUCCUAAUGGCUUUGGCCAUAUUUUUCUCCUUCGCCCAGGUUGUAAUAGAAGCCAAUUCUUGGUGGUCGCUAGGUAUGAAUAACCCUGUUCAGAUGUCAGAAGUAUAUAUCAUAGGAGCACAGCCUCUCUGCAGCCAACUGGCAGGACUUUCUCAAGGACAGAAGAAACUGUGCCACUUAUAUCAGGACCACAUGCAGUACAUUGGAGAAGGCGCGAAGACAGGCAUCAAAGAAUGCCAGUAUCAAUUCCGACAUCGAAGGUGGAACUGCAGUACCGUGGAUAACACCUCUGUUUUUGGCAGGGUUAUGCAGAUAGGCAGCCGCGAGACGGCCUUCACGUACGCGGUGAGCGCCGCGGGGGUGGUGAACGCCAUGAGCCGCGCGUGCCGCGAGGGCGAGCUGUCCACCUGCGGCUGCAGCCGCGCCGCGCGCCCCAAGGACCUGCCGCGGGACUGGCUCUGGGGCGGCUGCGGCGACAACAUUGACUACGGCUACCGCUUCGCCAAGGAGUUCGUGGACGCGCGCGAGCGGGAGCGCAUCCACGCCAAGGGCUCGUACGAGAGCGCGCGCAUCCUCAUGAACCUGCACAAUAACGAGGCGGGCCGCAGGACGGUGUACAACCUGGCAGACGUGGCCUGCAAGUGCCACGGGGUGUCCGGCUCCUGUAGCCUCAAGACGUGCUGGCUGCAGCUGGCGGACUUCCGCAAGGUGGGCGACGCCCUGAAGGAAAAGUACGACAGUGCUGCGGCCAUGCGGCUCAACAGCCGCGGCAAGUUGGUGCAGGUCAACAGCCGCUUCAACUCGCCCACCACGCAGGACCUGGUCUACAUCGACCCCAGCCCCGACUACUGCGUGCGCAAUGAGAGCACGGGCUCGCUGGGCACGCAGGGCCGCCUGUGCAACAAGACGUCCGAGGGCAUGGAUGGCUGCGAGCUCAUGUGCUGCGGCCGCGGCUACGACCAGUUCAAGACCGUGCAGACCGAGCGCUGCCACUGCAAGUUCCACUGGUGCUGCUACGUCAAGUGCAAGAAGUGCACAGAGAUCGUGGACCAGUUCGUGUGCAAAUAGUGGGCGCCCAUCUGGCUCCCAGCCCCGCUCCCAGGACCCACUUAUUUAUAGAAAGUACAGUGAUUCUGGUUUUCCUUUUUUUUUUUUAAAUAUGUUUUAUUUUACCCCCACAGUUGCAACCGGAACCAUUUUUUGUUACCAUUUAAGAACUCUGUGGUUUAUUAUUAAUAUUAUAAUUAUUAUUUGGCAAUAAUGGGGGGUGGGAACCAAGAAAAAUAUUUAUUGUGUGGAUCUUUGAAAAGAUAAUACAAGUCUUCUUUUGAUAGUAUAGGAUGAGGGGGAACUAACAUAUACCCUAACUUAGCUGUGUGGACAUAGUACACAUCCAGAAGGUAAAGAAAUACAUUUUCUUUUUCUCAAAUGUGGGGUCAUACGGGAGGGUAGGAUCCACUUGAAAGAGGGUGGUGAGAUCUAUGCUUGAUUCGGUUUCUGUGCCCAAAAUGAAUUGUAAAUGCUCUAGUGCAAGAUAAAAAGGUAUCAAGAAAAACAGCCAAAAAACAAAAAAUAAGACCUUUCCCAGGGGCUGUCAGCCUGCUUUUUACAUUUUCAAAAUGAUAAAAUGUAAGAGCAAAAAUCUCAUAUCCUCAAAAACAAAAAAGGUAUAUCUUGUGUCUCAUUCUUUUCAAAUAUUCCAUCUGCAGAUGGUCCUAUUCUAGUAGAAACUUGGAGAACAGGGAGGAAAGUCCCCAGAAAUUAAAAAAUUUAAAACUCCUAUAAUUAAGAUGAUGGUGAUUUGAAGCUGUUAUAGAAAUCAGGAUUUCAGAUUGGAAAAGGAUCCCCAGAUGAUUCUGGACACUAGACUUUUUGUUUGGGAAAGGGGCGAUGGCUUGAAUAUAAAGGAAAAUAUCCUAUGAUUUUCUUAGAGAUACUUGGUCAAUAAAUGAUAAUAAUGAAAAUAAUACAUGAAUUCCAUUCACGGAUUCUCAGCCCAGAUGACAAGGUACUUGCAUGCAGUUCAGCACUGCCCCAAAGCAGAAAAGCUAUUUGAGGAAAAACAGUGAAAUCCAUCUUCCUCCUUGACCCCGAGCCCUCUCUGAUUCCUCGGUGCUGUGAUGUGAUGCUGGCCACGUUUCCAAACGGCAGCUCCACUGGGUCCCCUUUGGUUGGAGGACAGGAAAUGAAACAUUAGGAGCUCUGCUUGGAAAACAGUUCGCUACUUAGGGAUUUUUUUUUUUCUCAAACUUUUAUUUUGAGGAGCAAUACUUUUAUAUGUUUUAAUGACAUUACUUGGCUAAUGGAGUUCACAGAGGUGUUACAGCAUUUCACUAUUAUGAUCCUGUGUUUAGACUACCCACUCAAGCUUUUCUUAUUAUACUGCAGGUAUACCCUAAAACUGUUCCAAGUGUACUUGAACAGUUGCAUUUAUAAGGGGGGAAAUGUGGUUUAAUGGUGCCUGAUAUCUCAAAGUCUUUUGUACAUAACAUAUAUAUAUAUAUACAUAUAUAUAAAUAUAAAUAUAAUAAUAUCUCAGUGCAGCCAGCGAUUUAGAUUUACAGUUUACUCUGGGGUUAUUUCUCUGUCUAGAGCAUUGUCGUCCUUCACUGCAAUCCAGUUGGGAGUUUUCCAAGAAUUUUUUGAGUCUUGAGCUUGGGUUGUGGCCUUGCUGUGAUCAUACCUUGAGCACAACGAAGCAACCUUGGUUUCGAGGAAGCUUGAAGUUCUGACUCACUGAAAUGCAUGUUGGUUUGAAGAUUUAUCUUUUCCACCUUACCCCCUUUUCUCUAAUCUCUAUUUCUGUACACUUUGUGGAGAGGGCAUUACUUGUUCGUCAUAGACAUGGACAUUAAGAGAUAUUCAAAACUCAGAAGCAUCAGCAAUGUUUCUCUUUUCUUAGAUCAUUCUGCAGAGUGGAAACUAGUGCCUAUUAGAUUUGAUAGUACUUAUUUGAGUCCCUAAGGAAAAUACAGCCCACUAUAUAGAUAGCUAGUUUAAAAAGUUUUUUUUAAACAGGGACACCUCUUUCCAAAAUGUGCAGUCAAAUGUGUUCUUAUCUCAGACGUGCAUUGUUUCAAAUAUCUGGAAAGACACACAUCUCUUGUACCCUUCAUAGGCUUGGUGCCGUCAUAUCACCUCAGCCAGCUGUGGCUCUUAAUUUAUUGCACAAGGAUAUUCACUUCCCCUCAGUUGCAGUGAAUUGCAAGCAAAAGAUCUAGAAAGUAAAAAGCACUAAUUAGUUAAAAAUGUCACUUUUUUGGUUUUUAUUAUACAAAAACCAUGAAGUACUUUUUUAUUUGCUAAAUCAGAUUUUGUUCCUUUUUAGUGAUUCAUGUUUAUGAAGAGAGUUGAGUUUAACAAUCCUAGCUUUUAAAAGAAACUAUUUAAUGUAAAAUAUUCUAAGUGUCAUUCAGAUAUUAUGUAUAUCUUCUAUGGCCUUUAUUCUGUACUUUUAAUGUACAUAUUUCUGUCUUGUGUGAUUUGUAUAUUUCACUGGUUUAAAAAACAAACAUCGAAAGGCUUACGCCAAAUGGAAGAUAGAAUAUAAAAUAAAAUGUUACUUGUAUAUUGGUAAGUGGUUUCAGUUGUCCUUCAGAUAAUUCAUGUGGAGAUUUUUGGAGAAACCAUGAGGGAUAGUUUAGGAUGACUACAUGUCAAAAUAAUAGAAGAGUGGAGAAUUUUACCAAAACCAAACUAUUUGGAAGCUUCAAAAGGUUUCUAUACGUAACAGAACAAAAGGGGAAUUCUCUUUCCCUAUAGAUGUUCCUCAAAAAAAGAAAUCAAGCAGAUGGCUUAAAGCUGGUUAUAGGAUUGCUCACAUUCUUUUAGCAUUAUGCAUGUAACUUAAUUGUUUUAGAGCGUGUUGCUGUUGUAACAGCCCGGAGAAGAACGAAAAGGCACAUGCUUUUAUCCAUGACCAGAUUUUUAGUUCCCAAAAAUGUAUCUUUGUGUUUACCACUGCAACUAUUGCACCUCUCUAUUUGAAUUUACUGUGGGCCACGUGUGGUGUCUCUAUGCCCUUUGAAAGCGGUUUUUAUAAAAAGAAAGCCUUAGUCUGCAGAGAAUGAAAACUUGUUGGAAACUAAAGGUUCGUUGUGUUAAGUGCAAUUAAUACAGGUUCUUGUGCUUUACAAAAAUGUAAACGGAAAUCUGGACAGUGCUGCACAGAUUGAUACAUUAGCCCUUUGCUUUCUUUCUUUCUGGAUAACCUUGUAACAUAUUGAAACCUUUUAAGGAUGCCAAGAAUGCAUUAUUCCACAAAAAAACAGUAGACCAACAUAUAGAGUGUUUAAAAUAGCAUUUCUGGGCAAAUUCAAACGCUUGUGGUUCUAGGACUCACAUCUGUUUCAGUUUUUCCUCAGUUGUAUAUUGACCAGUGUUCUUUAUUGCAAAAACAUAUACUCGAUUUAGCAGUGUCAGCAUAUUUUUUCUUCUCAUCCUGGAGUGUAUUCAAGAUCUUCCCAAUACAGGAAAAUUAACAAAAAAUUUAUAUAUAGGCAGCGGCAAACAUAGCCAUGUUCAAAAUAGUCAUUAUGGGCUCAACUAAACAGAUUGUUUUAAGUUUUAGUCCAGUUUAUCUGUUCAUCUCUUUCAAUUUCUGACCUCCCGAGACUGGCACUGCAUAUGUGCUAGUAGCUUACCGAAACUUUUUUCAGGCAAUUUUGCAAAUACCAAUUUUCAAUUUGUUUUUAUGAAACAUUAUUCAAGCCACUGGAAUUAUCAAAUAUGAUGCUGUAGCAGGAUAAGUAUCCGAAUAAAAGACUAGUACUAGCUAACUCCAAGAGAUCAUUAGCAAAAACAGUACUCAAAGACUGAGUGGUCCACAAUAUAAAUAUAGAGACAGAUAGAAAAGGUACUUAUAACUUGAAGCAUAUAUUUAAUGCAAAUACGCACCAAGGCACAGGUCUAAAAUACUGCAUUAUCACUGUAAACUAUACUUUUAAAAUAUUUAUUUUUUUAAGAAAUAUUUUCUAGUCUUCUCUCUCUCUAUGGAAUGGUGGAAAUGAGAUGCCAUGUUUUGAAAGUAAGAUGAUGAAAUAAAUUUUUAAUUUAGGAAACAUUCGGUAAUAUAGGAAUUAAAACUUAGAAAAGGGAUCUUCUAAUUUACCUGUUCACACAAACUUUACACUUAAAUCCGAUGAUGGGAUAAUAUUUUAGUGAAACAUUAUCUUGUUAGAAAACUUUCAAAAAUGGAUAUAGAAUAAUUAAAGGUUGGUAUGACUUUUUAAAAAUUGUAUCAGUUUGAAUCUAGAAGAUUAAAUUAAAAUGCUGUCUCAGUAUUUCAAAAGCAAAAAAAGAAUGGAGGAAAAUUGCAUCUUAGACCAUUUUUAUAUGCAGUGUACAAUUUGCUGGGCUAGAAAUGAGAUAAAGAUUAUUUAUUUUUGUUCAUAUCUUGUACUUUUCUAUUAAAAAUCAUUUUAUGAAAU